UCUCCCACCUGCUUGCUACCCAGUACUGCUACGUGGGUCUCAGCCAUGGCCUCAGAGAAACUUCUCUGUCUCACCUCAGAAAACGCAGAGAUUCCCGAUGAUUUUGUGGAGCUUCAGCCACUCAAUGUAGAAACGGUUUCUUUGGAAACCAGUGCAAUUCAAACCAUCGAAUUGUACGAAGACGUAGGUGUCGAUUGGGCACAUGGUGGCCACUACCACUCUCCUCUUAUUGCUCUGCAGCCACUUGCAGGCAGUACCCACAGUAAUGGGGACCAUGAUCAGGAAAUGGUCAUCGUGCAGACACAAGAGGAGGUGGUGGGCUAUCAGGACUCAGACAACCUGCUAAUCAGUGAUUUUGAAAGCCAGAUGGUUGUUCCAGUUACUAAUCAAGACGACUAUCUCCAGCCGACCACUUCCUCUUUGUCAGGCUUCUUGGAGGCAGAGCAUGGUCAAGGUGAGCUCAGCCCCUAUGAAGGGAAUCUCUGUAGUUUGGCGACCAUUCUCGAGGCCAGUGUAGAAGAAGGCAUGAACCCUGACCUGGGCGACAAACAGUGGGAGCAGAAGCAGAUAGAAAUCGAAGCUCUUGCAGGAGAAUUACCCUUUGCCAUGUGGGAGGCUACUGAACAAGAAGAUCCCAUGGUGGGAGGGCAGGCUGACGACUCACCUCCUGAUUAUUCCGAAUACAUGACAGGAAAGAAAUUUCCUCCUGAAGGAAUACCUGGCAUUGACCUGUCUGAUCCCAAACAGCUGGCAGAAUUUACAAGCAUGAAACCGAAAAAGCCCAAAGGAGACUUCCCAAGACCUAUUGCUUGCUCUCAUAAAGGCUGCGAGAAGAUGUUCAAGGAUAAUGCCGCCAUGAAAAAGCAUUUGCACAUCCAUGGGCCUAAAGAGCACAUCUGUGCAGAAUGUGGCAAAGCCUUUGUUGAGAGUUCAAAGCUGAAACGUCAUCAGCUGGUUCACACUGGAGAGAAGCCCUACCAAUGUACCUUUGAAGGCUGUGGGAGACGCUUUUCCCUGGAUUUCAAUCUGCGCACUCAUGUUCGAAUUCAUACUGGAGACAAGCCCUUUGUGUGCCCAUUUGAUGCCUGCAACAAGAAGUUCGCUCAGUCGACCAACUUGAAAUCACAUAUUUUAACACAUGUUAAGAGCAAGAAUGACCAUUAAAAAAAAGUGAAAAGAUCCCUCUGAAGCCUGGGAAAUAUUUUACACUAAUGUGCCUGGGAAUAAAUAUGCCUCGUUUGAAUAGUUCUAGAAAAGUUAUUGCAGAUGAAUUCUACAUAUCUGAGGUUUAUCUUUUGAGAGAGUAAAAGUUAAAAGUUUUAUGUUGGUAAGAUGCCCUAUUUUGUGCUGCAGUGGAGUUUUUGUGAAGUUUGGUUUCAACAAGAUAGACUAAUUCACUAACCUCACAUUGUUGCUGAGAUGCCAUGUGUUUUGUACUGAUAUUUUUUGAAGCUUGGUUUCAACAAGAGACUAAUUCACAAAGCUCAUAUUGUUGCUAAAGAUGGCCUUUGUUAUUUUGCACUGGACUUUUUUGAGAAGUUUGGUUUCAACAGGAGACUAAAUCAUGAACCUCAUAUUGCUAAAAUAUCCUAUCUUCUGCAGUGGUAUUUUCAUGAAACUAGUUUGAACAAGAGACUAUUUCACAAACUAGAUAUGCUAAAAUGACCUGUUUUAUUCUGCAGUGGUAUUUUUAUGAAACUUGCUUUCAACAGGAGGCUAACUCAGAAACCAUUGUUUGUAAAGAUGGCCUGUGUUAUUUUGCUCUGAAGUGUUUUGAGAAGCUCAGAUUCAGCAGGAGACUAAAUCAUAAGCCUCUUUGUUGCUAAGAUGCUCUGUGUUUUCUGCAGGGUGAUUUUUUUGUGGUUUGAUUUCAACAGGAGACUACAUCAUAAACCUCAUAUUGCUAAGGUAUCCUAUCUUCUUAAGUAUUUUUUGUAAAGUUUUUAACAAGAGACGAUUUCAUGACCGUCAUAUGCUAAAAUGACUGCUUUAUUCUGCAGUGGUGUUUUUAUGAAACUUGCUUUCAACAGGAGACUAAUUCAUGAACCUCAUAUUGCUAAGGUGCCCUGUAUUCUUCUACAUAGUGUUAUUGUAAGUUGGUUUUGACAGGAGAAUAAUUCAUGAUACCUUACAGCAUAAUGUUGCCAAUAUGUCCUGUUUUGUUCUGCAGUGGUGUUUUUGUCAAGUUUUGUUUACAGGAGACUAAUUCAUCAGCCCCAUAUUCUCGAUAAGAUGCUCUGUCUUAUUUAGCAAUGGUGCUUUUGUGAAGUUUGGUUUUGGCAGGAGAAUAAGCUCAUAAAAUGCAUGUCAAAUUACAUUUCUUUAUACAACUGUGUUAGAAAUGGCACUUUUGCAUUCUCAUGAAUAAGAAGUUUACUUACUACUUACAUUUUUUUAAAUAGUGUAUUCCAAGUGCUCAUGUUUAUACUUUUAGGAAUAUGCUUAGUAAUUGUAUAUAUGGUUUCUGUGGAGUUGAUGUUUGUAAGAGGUAGUCUUUAAAACAUGGGCAGUUUUAUACAUACAUAUUAUCCUGCUAAAGAAAUGUUACAGGUUUGUUUGCUGUCUUAAUUUUGGCACUAUUCCUUGAUGUCAAGACAUUUUGUGUAAGUUUCUCUUAGCCGUAUUGUGCGGUAUAGAAUAUUAGAUGAUUUAGUCAUAUUAGCCAAUUUAAGCAUCUUUUAGUCACUUCAUCCCCUCCCCUCAUAGUACCUAAGAUGCUGUUGUUGAGUGUAAUUUCUUUGAUCAAUUAAGAGUAGUGUUUGAUUUUAUACUAUUUUGUCUUCAAAUUGAUUGCAUGUUUGGUGUAUACUUUUGUGUGGUAGAAAAAGCAAAAAUAAAG